UUUAGUGAUGGUUGAGGAGAGAGAGAGAGAGAGAGAGAAUGAGAGAAUGUGGGGCGACAGCGUCUCUCCAUUCUUCGUAUAGCAUCUCUCUCUCUCUCUCUCUCUCUCUCUCUCUCUCUCUGAAACAGGCUCCCAGAAGAAAAUCCUCAGAGCUACACCUACUUUCACUCCACUGAGCGUCUGAGCGCCUCAUCUUCCUCCUUCUUUUCUUCUUCUUCUUCUUUUUUUUGUCGUUUUCUGUCCUUUUUUUUAAAUUAUUAUUUUAGUCAGAGCAGUGAAGAUUAUUUGUGUGGAAAACCAGGGACACCGGAGAGCUCAGUUUGGGCGUAGCUGGAAGAGGAAACAGCGGGUUUGAGCCUCGGUCGUUCACUGUACCUGAUAGUCCUUACCUAACUGCCUUACCAAGUUCCGCGUUUCCCAAGAUGAAACCAGACGGGGUUGACUCAGGAGCGACGGAGCCGAUGGUAGCACUAGACGCGGAUCCUGUGAUCCAGGGAGAGCCAAUGGGGGAAGGCCAGGAACAGGCUCCGCCUGCUUCACAAACGGAAGAAAUGGAGCAAGGGGAACCGCAGACGACUGAGACGCCUGCGGCCGCCACCAAGCCCAGCAAGGAUAAGCCUGUGGACCCGAAAGCAAAGGCAAAGGGUGUCGCCAAAACAAAGACGUCCACCACUGGCGCUCGUCCCAGCACCACUCAGAGCCGCAUGACGAAUGGAGUACAGAAGCCGCCACAAGCCAACGGUGUUGCCAAGAAGACCGCCACUAGCGCGGCUGCUGAGAAGAAGACGACCACCACAGCUUCUAAAAAGCCUGUCGGUGCUGCGGGGGCAGUGACCACCAAAACCGUCAGCAAGACCACAGAAAAGAAGUCCACUGGGGCACCAAAGACCACUGGGACGGCACAACCGGCCAAGAAAACAUCCGUCAAUGGGGAAAAAGCCAAACCAAAAUCCACAGGUCCAGUCUCCAGAUCUGCGACUGCCACCACCAAGCCCAGCACGACCUCCUCUCCCAAAACCGACAAGCCACCUGUCUCCAAGACAACCAGGCCUUCCACAGGUACCACAACUUCUCGCCCACCUUCUGCUGCAUCAAAGUCAACUGCCCCGGCUACAUCCAAGACACCAACAACUGCAUCAAAGACCACUCCAUCUGCAGCCAAAACGACCACCUCUACUGCUAAACCAUCACCUGCUAAAACUCCCUCUGCUAGUCGAGCUCCAACCACAUCCACAAAGAGCCCUACACCCGUCAAGAAAGAUGCAAGCAAGCCAGCCACCCCAGCAGCCAAGAAGUCGACUGCCUCCCCUCUCACUCGCCCUGCUUCUACAAAGACCAGCAAGCCUGAUACCCCAAAGGCAGCCACGCCAGCCAAACCGGAGGCUGUCUCCAAGAAACUUUCUACCCCCAGCAAGCCAGCAAUGGAAGCCAAGGCGAGUAAGCCUAAGGAGAGCAAACCCACUCCAUUAAAGGAAAACAGUUCUGCCCUGAAAACAUCUAACGCUAAGAACAGCACAGCCAAGACAGCCAGCCCGAAGAAAGUAGUGGGUAGCAGCACUCCCAUGCCAGUUAAACGUGGCCCCAAAGAUGCACAGAAAGAGAGAGAGAAAGAGGCCGUAGCUCCUGCUGUUGAGACUGCUGCUGCAGUUGAAGCUGUGGCUGUUGCUGCUGCUGCCACAGCUGCCGGCACCUUUGUCGCAGUGACAGACAAUGUAUCUGAAGUCCUGCCUGAAUCCAAGCCUGAAGUUGCACCUGAACCCAAGAUCGAUAUUUCACCAGAACCCAAGAUCGAUAUUUCGCCUGAACCCAAGAUCGAUAUUUCACCAGAACCCAAGCUUGUAGAUGCACCUGAACCCAAGCUUGAAGUUGCUCCAGAACCCAAGCUUGAAGUUGCUCCAGAACCCAAGCUUGAAGUUGCUCCAGAACCCAAGCUCGAAGUUGCUCCAGAACCCAAGCUCGAAGUUGCUCCAGAACCCAAGCUCGAAGUUGCUCCAGAACCCAAGCUCGAAGUUGUUCCAGAACCCAUGCUCGAAGUUGCUCCAGAACCUACUUCACCACUUCUGAUGGAAACCAAGUCUCAGCUUGCAUCUGAAACAAAGUCUGAACAUCUGCCUGAAACCAAGACUGAAGUAGAACCUGAACCCAAAUCAGACCUCCUAUUGGAAACUGAGUCUGAAUUUACACCUGAAACUGUGUCUGAACUUCUGCUUGAAACCAAGCCUGAACUUGCAUCUGAACCCAGAUCAGACAUUCUGUUGGAACGUGAGUCUGAAUUUAUGCCUGAAACCAAGUCUGGACUCUUGUUUGAAACCAAGCCUGCAGUUGUACCUGAACCCAAAUCAGAACUUCCAUUAGAACAUGAGCCAAAAUAUACAUCUGAACACCUGCUUGAAACCAAGUAUGAAUUUGCACCUGAAACCCAAUCAGAACUUCCAUUGGAAAUUGAGUCUGAAUUUACAUCUGAAACUAAGUCUGAAUUCCUUCUUAAAACCAAGUCUGAAUUUCCCUCUGCCCCUGAAUACAAGUCAGAACCCAUGUUGGAAACAGAAUCUGAAUUUGCCCCUCAGUCCAAGUCAGAACCCCUGUUAGAAAUGGAGUCUAAAUUUACCCCUCAGCCCAAGUCAGAAACCCUGUUGGAAACAGAGUCUGAAUUUGCCCUUCAGCCCAAGUCAGAACCCCUGUUGGAAACAAAAUCUGAAGUUGCCCCUCAGCCCAAGUCAGAACCCCUGUUGGAAACAGAAUCUGAAUUUGCCCCUCAGCCCAAGUCAGAACCCCUGUUGGAAACAGAGUCUGAAUUUGCCUCUCAGCCCAAGUCAGAACCCCUGUUGGAAACAGAGUCUGAAUUUGCCCUUCAGCCCAAGUCUGAACUACUGUUGGAAGCGGAGUCUGAAAUUGCUCCUGAAACUGAGUCCCAAACCCUGUUUGAAACUAAGCCUGAAACUCUGCCUCUACCAGAACCCACAGUUGAAUCUUUGAUUGCUACUGCAGUUGAGGACAUUGAAGCACACACUGAGGAGAUUCCAUCAGAUACAGAAGAAGAGACACCUGAAGAGGUGGUGCCACAGCUGGCAGCUCAGCUGAAUCUAGGCAGUCUUGAGCACCAAAGUACUCCUUCUACUCUUGGAACAACAGUCAUGUCACCACCAUCCUCUCCCACUGGAGAGUCUCCUGCACAUGUGGAACCCCAGAUCUCUGCUCCAGUACAAGAUAUAUAUGCUGCCGAUUAUCCAUGGGCACAAAAUCAGCCCAUGUCCUCAAGUGAUAUUACCACUGAGAAUCUGGAGCAAGAAGAGAUCACGGUCCAUGAGGAUCUCCUGACCACCAUGGGGUCUGCAGCAGAGGAGGCAGUGGAUGUAGGGAAAUGUUUCGGUCUUGGAGUGGAGCCUGAGCUGUUGAGUAGCUCUUGUGUGGAGCAUUUCAGCGGUGUGUCACCUACCUCUCCUAGUAUGGAGAAGGAGGAGGCAGUGGAAAAGGCAGAGGAAGAAAUCAAUGAGGAUGACCAUGAGGAGGAGGAGGAGGAGGAAGAAGAAGAAGAGGAACAGGAGAGGGAGAUUGUAAAGGUUCAAGCAGUGCCUGAAACACAGAAUGUGGAAAAUUUUAAGCUUGGAUUAUCAGAAUUUAACAGCUCCAGUAGUGGCAUAAUGCAAUCUGAUGAUUUUGGCAGGAUCGUAGAGCAGGAGCAAACCAAAACAACCUCACCCUUCCAAAUGGAAAGUCAUGAUAGUGAUGAAGAUGGAGAGGACUUCUCUCUGAAAAAAAUGGAAAUGGAACAGCCAUUUAUGGGCCCACCUGGGAUCAAAUCUUUUUCAGAUGAAGAGGAGGAGGAAGAAGAGGAGCAGGAAAAGGAGGACAUGGACACUGGCCCAGAGCAUAUUGACAAGCACCACAUGGACUUUGGCCAUGAGCAAGCUGGUGAUAACCACAUGGAUGUUCACCUCAAGUUUGAAGAAGAGGAGGAGCAUGAGGAUGAGGACAUAGAGAUGGUUAGUGAAGGCCAGAUGGAGAGUGGAAGCAAGAUUCCUGGGAAUGUUGAUGAGGAUGACUACGAUGAAGGAUAUCUAGACAAUUUGAACCGCACUGCUCCAGCUCCCUCAAUACCUAUGACUGCAGCCUGGGGCCCAUCCAACCCCUUUGCAGACACCUGGGCUCAGCCAACCUCCAUCAGCAUAAAAUCCAGUCCCUUAGACAUUAAGGCAACCGAUCCUGAGACACCCACAAAGUCCCCUGCUGAAACUUGGCUGGAGAAGCCUCUAGGUCAUUUGACUGAACCACACCUUGAGGUCCGUGAAGAGACUGAGAGCUCAGUCCCAGUGGAUGGAGCUAACCUUUGUGUACCUGCAAUUGGUAUGUCCCAGUCAAGCACCCUUAGUGGAACGGCCCUGGUAGCCCACAGCAGCAGCGAGACCAGCACACCUGAAGAGCUGCGGGACUAUGACAGCAGCUCAGGUGUGGAGUCGCGCUCAGAUAAGCAGCAGACGCCUGUUCCCACAGCCCAGCCCGACCAGGAACAGGACCUUGGGAUUCACCUGGAGCGUGGGGAUGGGGAGGAAGAGGAGGCAGAGACACUCCCAGCAGAUGAGGUCCUGGGUGAUGCUCCAACUGCACCAGCAUCUGUCCCAUCAUCCCCUUCUACUUCUGGGGAUGAGGCAAGUGAUACUGAAGGAGAGAUGCAAAUCAAUGACCCUGAUGUUCCAGCUGAUGACACUGCAGCCAUAGACAGUCCUACUGCCUCCCGAAACCUCCCUGCCUUGGAGGAAGAUGAGGAGGCCACUGACAUGCAAGCUGUAGAUGAAGACGGUGGGACCCCGCAGUCUGCCAACUCUGUAGCUUCCUACGGCUUUGACUGCUCAGUAUCCAACUCCAAUGCCCAUUCUACUGCUGAGAGCUGUGGUAAGAGCCCUGGGAUUUUUUCCCUGGAGAACGAAGAUCAGCUUCCAGAAGAGGCUAAAGAUCCCUCGCUCAUUAAGGAGCUGACCUUGCCUACUGCAGCUGCUCAAGCUGAGGAUCUGGGUUGUCCUGUAGACCUGCUUCCCCUCGGUCAGCAACGAGAGUCGCAUGCCAAUCCUGAUGACGAAUACCUGCUGUGCGGGAAGACAGGAGCCAGUGCUCUUGAAGAAUCUGAUUCGGAGUCUCCCAUGCAUCUGUCUCCCCAGCAUGGUGACAGCACCGAUGGUCAGCCACCUUACUACUCUACCAUUUGUGAUAACACUGAUAGCUAUCUGGAAGGUAAUGUAUAAAGUCCCUGAAUGGAAUGCACCUUUUCCCACACCCUUCCCAAAACAGCACCCUCUCUUCCUUUUUUGUCGUUUGUUUUCUUACCAGUCCAGGCAGUGGUGUAAUGAAACAGGGGAAAAUUGGACAUAGGGGGAUGGACUGUAGGUUUAUCAGUGCUGCUUUCUCUUUCUUACUACUAUUAUAGUCAUGGUUAUGAUUGUAUGGCUUAAAUUCCUGUAUGUACAAUAGCUAUUCUCAUUUUCUAUUAGAAUGUACUAUUAAAUAACACUGCAUACUACAGCACCCCUGAACGUGGAUUGAUAGACUGAACUGUUGUGAAGUCCUGAGUAAUGAAUAAGGAAAGCAAAAAACAGAACAAAAAAGAAAAGAAAAAAGGAUCACAUUGGACGGACUCUAUCUAUGUUUGUAUUUAUCCUACUGUUUUUACCGAGCAAAUGUCAAAUGAGUUGUUUUUUAUACUUGUUUUAUUGUUUAUUUUUGUUAAGUUCCCAGUUUUCUCUUGCACUGUAGACGUAUCCUUACAUCUUUUUUUAAAACUUGUUCCUGUGUCAAGAACUAACUGUUUUAGCACUAACUAAGGAUAGAUCUUCUUCCAGAGGCUUUGCACUUUGGGAUUUUUUCAAUGUAGGGAAUUGUUGGAAUGUUAGAUGGCAAGCAAUGUUUUGUUUUUACAUUUUUUUCUAGUAUAAAAAAUUUUUCCAGCACAUUUAUGUGAAGGAUAACUUAUCAAAAAUCACAUACCACAGCUUUUUAAGUACUCCGCAGUAAUCUGGUUGUGUUGAUUUGCAGUAGUUGGACAUUUUAAUUUUGGCUCAAAUAUUCAAUGUGGUGGGGAAAAAAUGUCACUCGUGUUUAAAAAAAGAAUGACACUUGAAUGAGGGUGACAAAUAUCAGACAUUUGGAUUGGAAGUUGCAUGUACAACUAAUUGCAUUACUGUAAUACUGUUCAAGACCUAUUAUAUCAGGAUGAUCAAAAAUAAUAAUACUGGUUCACACUAAUUAAAAGGUUUUUCAAAAUUCCAUUAAACAUCAUUUCAAGGCCA